UUGGGAGAGAGGAAAAGAAUGGAGGAGUAGUCGUGUAAUGGACCAUUGCUCCAGUGGGCACAGUAACAGGGGAAAGCAAAGCAGGAUGGGUACUUGACAAACGAACGGCUGAUGUCAUUGGACAUGAGCCAGCUGAGGUUGGUAGUAGUUUGUAUAUACAGCAGGGAUCCAGUGUGGCCAGAGUUAGGGGUAGGAGAGGUGGGACUUGGCUAGCCAUAGCGCAGACAUUUAGGGCCUUUAGAGUGAGGACCCUCAAGGGCCCUGAGAUAGCAAGAGGAUGCGUUAGAGAAAGGUGAAGAAAUUGUCUUAGAGAAGAGAGAUGAGAAUUUGAAUCUCCCGUCAGGGAAGCUGCGAGAACCCGAAGUACUGCAAGGGUUAAUUAGAGUGCGAUUUCAAGGCACAGACAAAAGGCGGAAGACUUUUUUUUUUUUUAAGAGUUGGACUGAAGUAGAAUUGUGGUUGCUUUUCCGUUGUGACUGAUACUCAUCCAUAAAAUAAAAGUAGCUCCUCUCCCGGUGUUUCUCCCCUCCCCUCCCCUCCCAAUUUAAAACAAAACGGCGGGAGAUUAAUCCAGCCCAAAAUCUCAAGUCCACUAACGGAUCCGUGCUAUUGACCCGGGGCAAACCCCGCCCCCGGCUUCCUCGGUGCCUUUUUGUGCUUCCUAAUCAGCAUCCCCCCGAACUUCUGCGCCGCAAAGUCCCCACUUAAACUGAGGGACAGUUUUCAUCAGUGGUGUAUUCUAAAAACAACUUUGCAUGAGCCCAGAAACAAGUGCCAGACUUCUUUUUAACCACGUACCUCAUUUGGGAAGCCCCAGCUGCCUCUCUCAGAGCGCCCAGCUCCACUUCUGCGUCUAGAUCCGCGACUCUAUGGCGACGAACUUUUGGAAGGCAAAGAUCCUACUGGCAAGUGUUCUGAUCGGGUAUUUCGACUUCGGGAAGUGUGAGUCCAUGAAGAUAUUUGGCUGCAAAAAUGAUAAUGUUACACUUUCACCAUUUCACCUAAACAUAGAGAAUUUAAAUAACUGGAUAUUUAAGGAUAUUACCUGGAAGAAAGAUAAAGAUAAAGUAGCAGAUUGGCAAUUGGAUGAAGAAGUUAAGUAUUUUACACCCUUUACAAAUAGGGCUACUUUAGACUUUAAAUCUGGAAACCUUACCAUCUCUAAUUUAACAAGAUCUGAUGAAGGGGCAUAUAAAAUAGAAUCAUUGAAUCUUCCAGAAGGCGAGGCCGUGAAUCUUUAUGUUUUAGACAAACUUUCACCACCUACUCUUUCCUGUUCAUUUGAGGAUGGAAAAAUUGUGGUUUCAAGUGAAAGGCCAGAAGAUAGUCGUUUUCUAAAUUAUAAAUGGAAAUAUGCUGGACCAUAUGUGAAUAUUUCUGAAUCAGAGGUACAAAUAAAUAAUUCUGUAGAUUUCCAUGAAAGCAUUUCCUGCAUUUUAUCGAACCCUGUAUCUACCACUGAAUCUGAACUCUUUCUCCAGUCCUGUGUUCCAAAAGAGAAUCAGAGAAGACAUAGAUAUAUACUAAUUGGAUCAAUCACAGUUGUAAUUGUUAUAUGCCUGGGAAUCCUUUUCAUCUUAAGAAAAUGCGGGCUAUUGAACAAAAAAUGAAUUCCAUCACCUAUAAAUGGAGUAAUGAAAAUAUCUUUGGAAAUUUCACUUGAAUGUUUUCUUCAUAAAUAAAUGUAUAGCUGCUAAAAAAAAAACUGGUUCUUCUCCAGCUAUAACUUCACAUGGAAGUUGAAUUACAAAGUUAAGAGCAACUGAGUUCAAAAUUUGGCCUCAGACACUGAACACUUCCAAGUCAUAUGUGUGACCCUGGGCAAGUCACUUAACUCCAAUUGCCUCAGCAAAAACAAACAAACAAACAAAAACCAUUGCACUUUGAGCACAACAUCCUCUCAAGAACUGUUUUCCUUCAGAGAGUGACUGUCAUCACCACUAGCUGCCACACCAGCUCAGCCAACCACCAGCCUGGCCCAAGAAGAAGUGGGACACAAUUAGCACCAACGGAGCCAGCAGCAAACUGAGAAUGCUGUGGGGAACAAAUUGCUUUUAUUUUGUGCAUUCAAACUGGGGCCUUUGGAAAAGGACAUAGGUUUUUCUUUCUGUUUCUUUAGAAGAUCCUUUAAGGAAAAAGGUAGGCAGGAAGAGUGUUUAUUAUUGAUGACUUGUUCGGUACUGAUUGCAUUUUGCAUUAUCGAAUCCUAUGUAUUGUCAUAGCUCUGGCAGUGAAGCCCCAAAAAGUCAACAAGGAUGAUUGAGCUAUAACCCAAGGAAGGUGUUUUGCGCAUGUACAUUUUUACGCCUGUACAUAUCUAUGUAGAUAGAUGUAGACAUGAUAUACAUUUUUAAUAUCUGUGUAUAUUUUUUUUUGGUGUAUAUAUAUGUUUUUAAUUUAAAAAAAAUUUUAAGUGGGGGGCAAGUCAAGAUGGCGGAGAAGAGACAAAAUUUUAUCUGUGACCUCAUCUGAUCUCCUCUCAAACCAACAGCAGAGUAAGCCUCCAAAUUGGCUUUGGCAUCAAAGAAUCCACAAAUAUUUGGAGUAUAACACAUUUCUAGAAGUUACAUUGGAAGAACUUCAGAAGAGAUCUGUUUCAAAUGGGCGGGGGAUAGUCUUCCGAGCCUAGACCUCAGCACAGGAAGACGGGGCAAAGAACUGGGGCAAAAAGCUGGGGCAAGAGGCAGAGCAUUGUAGCUUCCAUGCAUCUAGGAAUAUUCUCUGAGCCUCUUAGAUUACUUUGUCCUGGUGCAAGCAGGUGAUUUGGCAGAUUUGCCACAAAAGGCAAAUUGUAAACCACUGAGCCAUGGAAGAACACAGAACCUGGUCACAAUUACCCAGCAUUGGAAAUCAAUCAACAGAACUGCCCCAGGGCAAAUUAAAGCAGCUAUCUGCUCCUUUUUGUUAAGAUCAGACCUCAAGCCUUUUUAAAAAAUGAGCAAAAAACCAAAAAAACUCACCAUAAACAGUUUUUAGGGUGAGAGAGAAGAACAGAACUCAAAUCCUAAGGUUCCUAAAUGCAAAUCAACUCUAGAUGAAGCCCCAAAGGGAGAUAUAAGCUGGUCCCUAUCUCAUAAGGCUUUUUUGGAAGCUUUAAUAAAGGAUCUUAAAAGAAUUAGAAGAAAAAUGGGGAAAGGAAAUGAGAUCUUUGCAAGAAGGGAUGGAAAAAACAUAUAACUCCUCACAAAAUAGAUAUAAAUAUGUGUGUGUGUGUAUAUAUUACAUAUAUAUAUUUGUUGAAAAAUAGAAUUUGUGAAAUGGGAAAAAAAAAACACAAUGAACAAAACAAUUUGAUUGGCCAAAUACAAAAGGAGCUAAAAAAGGUAACUGAAGAAAAUAAUACACUAAAAAUUAGAAUAAAAUUUUUAAAGCUAUUUUUCAAAUGAGGAAUAGACCCCAACAGAAAGCUGCAAUAUUCUUGAUAUCUUUGUAAGCAGUAAGGAGGAGCAGUAACAGUAUUAUCUUAUCUUUAAGUGGGCUUUUUUUUUUUGUUGUCCUUAAGUAAAUUUUUAUUACAAUGGAUCCUUGUUAAAUCUCUUUUCUAAUUCCUUAAAUUAACAAAAUUAUCUUGAGCUCCCUCUCCACCUCCUCCCCACAGUUACUGUAUCCAAGCAGAAGUACAAGUUAUAGAUGUCAACCCCCAAGGUUAUUUCUCAUCUAUAAAUGACCCUACUGCUUUGCUUCUCUUAUUAAUUACUUUUAGUAACUUGGCCCACUUACUAAGUAUCAAGUGGCUACUUCAUUUAGGAAUUUAGCCCACCUUAUGGCAUCUUCCCCAUCUUUUCCCUUUUUGAUGGCAACUUCCUUUAAGGAUUCAUUAAUCACUAAAUUCUCCUUUAUUAUGCCAACAAUAUAAUGAAAUCUUUGCCUCUAAUUUGUAGAUGGCCUAAGCCUACAAAUUCUUUUGAAAUACCUUGUGACACCAACCUGAAAUCCCAAUAUAUAUAUGUUUGUACUCCAACACUUUUAGUAAAGUGCUGGGCCUGAAAUCCUGAAAACUUUAAUGAUCCUGGGAAUGUUGCUUAGCAUCUUAUUUUAUUGCCUUUAAAAAAAAAAAAGCUUAAAAAAAUAAUUCUUCCAAGAGCAAUAUUUACACUCAGAAAAGAAAUUCAUUGCACAAAUAUGAGAAAUACUAAAAUUAUAAACUACAAAUUUAGGGGAAUUCCUUAUAUUUCAUAUAGUCAGAGAUAUGCAGAAAUCAGCUCCCUCUGGGUCCAGUUGUUACAUUUUGAGAGUGAACAUUUCUACCUCUUGUGAGGAGUAUGAAAAGUUAGAUUUCCUUGGAAAUUGUCAAAACAGGAUGAAGGGAGGGGUAAAGUAUCUUGUUAAGAUAUCUCCAACCAAUCAUUAAAUGGGUCUAGGAAAUGGCCAAAUAACAAAGUUCCUAACAAAGAGGCCCAGGCUUAAACCAGCCCAAACCAGGUAGGGUCAGUGACUGGACAUAAACAAGCCUUUUGACACAUAGAAUGGAUUAAUAAAGAGGAUUAUAAACUCGACCAAUUACAACUCUGAUUGUAAAUCUGACCAAUUGUAAUUCUGAUCAUUAAAAAAUCUGACCAAUUCAUAUCAUGAACGUGUUGAGGGAUGAGACACUAACAGUGUUUGGUCACCAGGUCAGUAUUGCAGGUUUUGCAAAAGAAGUCACAGUUCUGGUCUCCAAGUUAAGUUGGCAAAAAAGGGUUUAUCCCAGCGAGCUGGAUUCCUAGUUGGAAUAGCAGCAAAGCAUUGAGAGACAGAGUUCAAUCUAGUCUUCUAUAACCCGAGGCUAAGGAGCAAUCUCUGAAUGAAUUAAGGGUGGUGGGCUAGGGAGUAAUCCAGAUGAAUUAGGAGUGGAUGGUGGUGGGUUGAGGAGUAAUCUUCAGGUGAAUUAAGGGUGGUGGUGAUUAUUUUAGGAGUUUCCUGAGAGUAGAAGCUAAGGAGUAAUCUCCAAGUGAAUUAAGGGUGGUGGGCUAGGGAGUAAUCCAGAUGAAUUGAAGUUGGAAGGGGUGAGCCAAAGCCAGAAGAUUCCGGGUUUCCUGACCCAGAAACUGCAUCCCCCCACAAAGGUCAGAGAAUCAAAGGGUCAUGUUACAUCAAAGGGAAGAGUAAGGAAUUGAACUAAUAAUAUAAAGACUUCAGUCUUCAGUGUAUGUCUCACCCAUAAGCCCACCCACUUCUCAUGAGAAUCACUGAAUAAAGGAUUCUUCUUUUACUCUAAAAAAGUGUUGCUGUAAUACUACUGGACUAGCUUGCAAUUGGGGAAGCAGGGGACAGCAAUAGCUCAUCUCAGACUUACUCCUCAACCCUGUUGAGUUCCAUGGAGUCUUGAUAAUACCUCCCAAAUUGGCAAACAUUAAUCAAUUUGAUUUAUAGAAUUUGUAACUCAAUGUUAAUGAGGGGUGGGGAAUAUUUUUAAAAAUUACAUUGUGUGAACUUUUUUCCUCCCAGAAAACAAAUUAUUAAACAUUUGCCAAUAUACCUCUGGUAUAGUCAUAUUUCAGCAGAGUACUUGCCAGUCUCUUGUGGAUGGAGAAGCAUGGGCUGGAUUAUAUUCUACUUAUAUGUACCAGUAGCUAUUCUAUGUAAAAACACAAAAUAAUUCUAUCAGGAAUCAAGAGAACUUUCAAAGGAAGCUAGGAGUUGCCAGAGAUAAGUGGGGAGAAGAGCAUUCCAGCCAAACUGAAAGGCCAAGUCAUGACUAUAUUAUAUGUUCCAAGGGUUCCUGGGAUCAUGCAUUUAUUUUUUUUGAUAGACUUUUGAUUAGCCCACUCCUUCUUCACUCCCUCAGCUCCCUUACUCCUCUCCAAACAUAUGCAUAGUUUAUUCAGUCAUUCCUUUUACAUCUCAACUUUCCCCCUUAUGAUUUUGAUAUAUCAUGGAUCAGCACUUGAAAUUAAAUGGGAAUUUGGAGGGAGUUUUGUGGAAGCUGCUGAUAACAUGCAAAGGCUACAGGUGACCCAGAAAAUGUUUAGAAACUCAGAAAUGCAUUAAGUAUAUGUAUAGUAUUACUUAAUAAUACUGCCCCCCUCCCUAUGGCCUACAAAUUAAAAUAUUAAUUUGUAAUUUAUUAAUUUCUAUCUAUUGAUAGAUAUGAUUUUUAAUUUAUGUUAUUUGUGGAUUGCACUGUGAAUGUUUUGGGGACAGGGACCAGUUUCAAUUUAUCUUUGCAUUUUCUCCCUCUGUCCAGCACUAUAUUAAAAGACAAGUGUCUCACUAGGCACAAGGGAUACAGAUCUUUAAAAAGUGACUCAUAUGCUCAUAUUUUCGUGGAGAAAGCUCUGUGACUUUCUUUGAUGGCUUAGAAUGGCUAUGAAUCAUAAUUGUUUUCUCUUCAGUCUAGAAACUCUAAGGGUCUUCCCUUUCCAGAGCCAUAUCUUUGUGAUGGUAAAUUGGCCCAUCCUUUUAUCUCAUUUCUUACAUAGCUCUUAGUCAUCAAGUGGGCAUUUUAUUUUAGAAAUUAAUUAAUUUAGAAAGACCAAGAUCACCUGCUACCUCUUGGGCCAUCAUCACUAAUCUAGACUAGGAUGACUUUUGAGGAGAGUGAAAGCUUAUGACUUUGCACAACCCUGCCCCAUUUAAAUCGAAUGCACUUACAAGUCAAGCCAUCACUCUUGUGAAGUCAAUGAUCCUCUUCCAGAGGAAGAAUGCAGAACAAACCUUUUCUUGGAGCGAUGUUGCUUAUGCAUCUAAAGUUUCUCCAGAGGUAUGCCACAACACAGAGGUAAACCCUAAGUUUUUUAAGGUAUACUUUGUAGUUUUAGAUAUGUUAUUUCAAAUAAAAUAAGCUUUAUAAAUAA